AUGGUUGAGGAUUUCACCAAGCCUGCUGCGUACACAGGUGAGCUCAUUGGGCUCGAGUACUUGUACGAGCAGACGGGCAGCGUGUUUGAGGACAUCGACAUGGAUCCUGACGCUCCGGAUGAGGAUGCUGCCGUUGUUGACAUCGAGGACGUGGAUGAGGGGAUAGAAGCGGAUGAGGAGGACCCCACUGUCUUCCCACCAGACUCUUCCUCAUCCCCCUCUCCUCAGGCAGCAUCCCAGUCAGGUGCACCCAAGUCUGAGUCAUCCCCCGCCUCUCCUGAAGCUUCUGGAAGCCAGGCUCCUCCUCCUCCGCAGGACUCCUCAGAAUCUGAGGAGGAGGUUUUAGGUCCUGAUGGCCAGCCGGGAUACCAGCAUGUCCUGAAGCUGGCCACGGCCUUGGUGGAGGUCAGGAACCUGGACGGUGUCAGCGAGCCAAGGGUGGACCAGCUCAUCUCGCUCUGGCAGCGCAUGUUGGAGCAAGACACACAGAGGCUGAGCUACUCGUCCAGAUACCAGGAGAGGCAGACCAAGGGGUGCUUCAAGGCAGCGAAGGGAGAGGACACCACCUGUCCUGAGAAGGAACGUCUCCAAUGCUGCCUACUUGGAGGGAACUCGGGUCUUGCAAACUGGCCGGACACCAUCCGCCUUGUGGAGCCACACGCGUCGGCGGGAUCAUGA